GCAUGACAGUUGUGUGGGAAACGAUUUGGUAUUAUGAAGUAAAAUAUUUUAUAAAUUACUGUGUUUAAAUGACAGCAGGAAAAGAAACAAUGGGCGAACAACCAAUCUUCACGUGUAAAGCUCACGUGUUCCACAUAGACCCGAAGACAAAAAGGUCCUGGAUGUCGGCUAGCUCUGCUGCAGUCUCCGUCUCCUUCUUCUACGACUCCUCGAGGAAUCUGUAUCGCAUCAUCAGUGUUGAAGGCACAAAGGCGGUGAUAAACAGCACGAUCACAGCAAAUAUGACGUUCACGAAGACAUCUCAGAAGUUCGGUCAGUGGAGUGACGUGCGCGCUAACACAGUGUAUGGACUCGGCUUUGCUUCAGAGGCGGAGUUGGGAAAGUUUAUAGAGAAGUUCCAAGAGGUGAAGGAGGCGAUACAGGCGCAGCAGUGCGGUGGUAAAGCGGCGCCCAACGGCAGCAGCGGCGCCGCCACACCCGUCGCCAGCGCGACCGCCAGCCCCCUGCUGGCAGGACGCGCACCCCCCGACGAGCCCCCCGCACUCUCGCCCGCACAGCCGAUAAAGACCGAUAACGAUGAGAUGAUGGUGCACCAAAGAGCUCACUCCGUCUCUUCCACUCUACAGGGUGGUGGUUACGCGACGGUGGGUCGUGCGCCGCGCGGGCCGCUCUCCUCCAGCGCGGCGCCGCCCGAGCCCGCCGCCGACACCGCCGAGCAGCAGCUGCGCUACGAGAACGACCGCCUCAAGCUCGCACUCGCACAGAGUUCAGCGAACGCUAAGAAGUGGGAAGUGGAGCUAGCAACACUGAAGAGUAACAAUCUUCGUCUGACCGCCGCGCUGCAGGAGAGCACCGCCAAUGUGGAUGAAUGGAAGCGCCAGCUGCACCAGUACCGCGAGGAAGUAGCCCGCGCACGGCACUACGCGGGGAAAGGUGGCGAUGCAAACGAAGUUGAACAGCUGCGGCAGCGCGUGGCGCAGCUGGAGGCGGAAUUGGCGCAGAAGAAUGAGGAACUGGCACAGAUCACCAAGUCCAAGAAGAGUGAACAGGACGCAGAGGCUAAACUAGCUCAGAGUCAGCUGGAGCUGGCGCUGGCGGCGCAGGAUGGGCAGCGCCAGGUGCUGCAGGCCCUCAACGACCAGCUCGCGAGGCAGCUUGAGGAGCUCUCGACGAUCCAUCGCGAGAUAAACACCGCGUUGCAAACAUGAGACGCGGCCUCGGUGCAGCCGCCGCCGAUAUACGCGGCCGUCAGCAAGGAGCGCCGCGCCGCACUACCCCUGCUGCUGCGCGCACCUCUACCCCUACCCCUGCCUCUACCCGCACACUCUGCAGCCCAGCACGUCUACAGCGCCACAAACCCCGCACUAUCAGCAGCUCAGCAUGUCUACAGUACUGCGAACCCCGCCCACUCGGCUCAGCACAUCUAUAGUGGCGCAAACUCCGCUCACAGCGCCGCUAACCCCGCCCAUUCAGUCCAGCACAUCUACAGUGGCGCUAACCCAGCACAACACGUGUACGGUGUUCCCCCCACCUCUACAGUGCAGCUGCCGCCAAACCCCGCCCAUGGUGCCGCUAGCCCCGCCUACUGCAGCGCUCAGCCUGCCCCCGCCCCCGGCCCCGCCCCCGAGCCCGCCUACGUCACGCUCAAAGCGAAGAAAUGAAGAGUGCUUUCGGUAUUUCGAAAGGUGCAUGAGUUCUUUUAAAUUAUUGUAUGUUGUAUAUUUUCUGUACUAUGUCUUGUUACUUUAUUUUAGUUGUAAAGGGUCGGGCGUUUUUAAAAUUCCGCGUUACGUCACUAUUAUAUUAUAUUUUCUUGUCUUAAAUAAAUAGUUAAUUAUAAUAAUAAAGAUUUUCAUAGUAAAUGUGAAUCAAAGGUUGUAUUCCAGUAACGUUCGCACGAUGCAAUAGUUGUUUGUAGGUUUAUGUCACCGAUAUAUUGUCAAAUUCGAUGUUUUAUAAUCUGGAGAAAAACUGCAAGUAGGUAGCGAUAGUCAAGAGUGGCGACUCUACUUUUUUGAUAAAUUUUGACAGAUGACAGGCGUGUCAACUGUCAAC